AAUGUUAAUAAUUCCUUUAAUGACCCUUCAAAAUAAUUUUUCCGAAUUAUAUACAAGGAAAUACCAUUAUGUCUGUCUGUCAGAAUAUAAGCAUCGUAUUUAAAGUGGACAAUAAAUUAAAGCUAAGUCAGUCACCUCCUUGCAUUUGGUCAGCUUACAAGAUGUAUACAGUUUUCUUACUAGUCGCAGUGGGUGCCUCAUUAUUUCUUGGGACAGUUCAGCAGUGUUGCGGACCAUCCAAGUUGCAGACUUAUUUUGAUGUACUGACGUUUCUCCCUGGGGGUCGAGGAAGCACUGUUACUUACAAUAUGUCUUACGAUGCUGUGACCAAACGAGUUGCUUACCAUGUUUUUGGUAAUUCAAUGCAAGAAGAUGUUGACGCCAUUAUCGAUUACAGAGCUAAUAUGUCAUAUGUGUGGUCCGAAGGGGUGUGUGACGUAUCGCACGCAAAUCAGUUUCAUGAAAUGUGCUUUCCAGAAGGAAAGUUGGUACGAAAAUCCUUCAUGGGAGUUUUUCCUGACAUCAUUAAACUAAACACGUAUUUGAUUUCGGACGAUCAAGGACGCUAUUCCUUCACUAUUGCCAAACCCUGCACUCCUGUUGAAAUGGAACGCCAACAAACUGAUUUUCUGAUGUUGAACCGUUUCUACAACAUGACUUUGGGAAUAAAAAAUGAAUCGGUUUUCACACCACCAAAAAUAUGCUUUAAAAAGGAAUCACGAAUAUCAAAAACGUACGAAACUCCUCUGCUUUAUCGAGCUGCAGCAAUGUUUGGACAGGUUCCUUAAAUCUUCAGCUUGGGACCAAUAGUUGAUGUGGGUUUUUUUAAGAUAAUGAUUUUAGGUUUUUAGGGCAAUAUUAAUACGGUGUAUAUAUAGAUAACUGUCUCAU